UGGCACUUUGGGAGUCCCAUUGUUCUGCGCAUCACACCCAUCCUCCCUCCUCCAGCUCCAGCCAUGGCACCCAAGAAGGCAAAGAAGAAGUCAGCGGAGGGAGCCAACUCUAAUGUAUUUUCUAUCUUUGAGCAGUCUCAGAUCCAGGAGUUCAAGGAGGCCUUCACCAUCAUGGACCAAAACCGAGAUGGAUUCAUUGACAAAAACGACUUGAGGGACACCUUUGCUGCACUGGGCCGUCUCAACGUGAAGCAGGAGGAGAUAGAUGAGAUGCUGAAAGAAGCGUCGGGCCCAGUCAACUUCACCGUCUUCCUCACCAUGUUUGGAGAGAAGCUAAAAGGUGCUGAUCCAGAGGAGACUAUCCUCAACGCAUUUAAAGUAUUUGACCCUGAAGGAAAAGGAGUCCUGAGGAAGGACUUUGUGACCGAGAUGCUGACGACACAGGCGGACAGAUUCUCUCCUGAAGAGAUGGAGCAAAUGUUUGGAGCCUUCCCACCAGACGUGGCAGGAAAUGUAGACUACAAAAACCUUGUGCACAUCAUCACACACGGAGAAGAGAAGGACCAAGAGUAACUAACUCACUGCUCCUUUAGCGUGUCUGUCAAAGUGAUAGAAAUAGAAGCUCUCGACCCGAGAGACUCUAGAGCUUCUAUUUCAAUCCUCAAAACAGCUGUCGGCUGUCAUCUAUCAUCUCCAGGCUCCACCCACGGUCCUGUGUGCUUUCCCCGCCCACUUACAUUCUCAGAUCAGGUGAUGUGGACCACCCCGGAAUAAUUCACUGGCUCCUUUGUCUGUCAGUCACACUUCCCCACCCAGGUCGCCUAUACCAAGAGACCAUAGCUAGAGCCCCCACCACCUGCAGCCCCACCGUGGAAGAGGAGGGAAAGGACCAGAGGGAAACUCACUGGCCUCUACCUUCUACAAAAGGCUCAAGACACUUUUAAACUGGCCACCUUCUAAACUGGCCACCUGUGAUGCAUCUGCUUGUGUUUUCCCCUCAUCGACAGUGGUUAAGCAAACUGUCAAGCCAAAUGUGUGUAAAUGGUCUGCUCAGACAAAUGGUUGAAUCCAUAUUCAAUAGCUAUUAUACAAUCUGAUCACUUUUCAAUAAAUAAUUGUAA